UUAACUAAACAUCAUAUGGGGCAAAUUCAAGGACAUACAGCCAUAGACUUGCAGUUUCUUGAGGAUCUUUUUAAUAAAGAGAUCUUGCCAGCUACUGAAGAAUGUGGUGUUUUUGAACCUCUAUCAAGCCGCCGAAAGUACUGUGAUCGAGAUCAUCCUCAGGGGUCUGGUCAGUUGAAGCAUACUCCUUGUGAUAUUAUCUUCAAUGCUCUAGUACCUACAGAUAUAGAGCAAUGCCCAUAUAUAAUAUUUACAUCACAUGGGGUUCAUAAACAUCCACCACCACCACCAAGCAAGGCACCUGAAAGGAUUCUAGAGGGUGUGAAAAGAAUUAUUGAACAAAUUCAGGACCCUAAUUUAACAACAGCUCAAUUUCUUCGAAAUCCACAACUUGAAGAAUUCUGUCGGCAGUAUAAUGCAUCUACAUUAGCAGAGAUUCACUCUAGCUUUUGUAAUAAGGAUCGAAUUGCAGCAAUAAUUCAAAAGCAGCGUCUUAUUUCUUAUCCUAAUGGACAGGAUAUCAAUGGCCUGAUUUUCCUUCAAAAUACUGACCAGCAUUUGAAGGAUUAUAUCCAAGAAUAUUAUCAUGAUUCCCAGGGUAUCAUGGUUCUAUGUGCUUUUAAAGAGCAAAUCCAACUUCUUUCACUUCUCUCAUCUUUUGAGGUUGAUAUGUCUUAUAAACGAAUACGGUCAAAAGAUAUUAAUGAGGUGCUUUUUGCUACAUUCCUGCCAGACCAAUGCAAAAUUAUUACUUUACUGCGAGUCUUUACCAGUACUGAUUCUACUGAGGGGUAUUAUUUACUUUUCAAGCGAGUUUUUGACCUAGUCCAGAGGGUCUCUUCCCGACCAGUUCUUUUUGAUUCCAUCCAUGGGUCCGGAAUCCAUGGUAUUAUUGUUGAUAUGGAUUCAAAACAAUAUACUGGACUUGGUCAAUAUCUCUCUGAGAUUGAUCCUCAACACCAAGACAUAACAUGGCAUUUACAGCAUAUUAUUGUCUUCUGCAGGGUUCAUUUCCAACGGUCAAUCUUGAAAGCUAUUGGAACUAAUAACCAAGGCUCUCCCCUUUGGAGCCGCAUGAUGAGUCUUUUAGACUGCAGAUCAGAGGAUGAUUAUGAUAAAUUAUUAGAUCUUCUGAUAAUGUAUGAGAGUGCUAAUGUCCAGAAUUGGGCAGUUCAAAAGAAAGGCAAAGUAAUCAAAGCCGGGUUAAAUAAAGCAUGCUCUAAAAUUCAACCUCAUUACUUUGAUAUACUGCGAAAUCAUACAAAUGCUGUUGAGCAGUCCCAUCAGAAAUCAUAUGCAUCUGGAAAGUAUUUAACUUUGGUACAGGCAGUUAAGAAUUCUGCGAAGCUAGAUAGGGAUGAUAUUGUGCAGUACAAUAACUUUCAGGACUUCAAUAUUCACCAUUCAUACCGAACUUCUAAUAUGGAAGCUAACUACCUUCGGCAUAUGAGUCGGGAAAGUAUGUCAAGGUCACAAAACUCCUCAAAAAAUGGUGAUAAUGAGUCAAUAAGAUCGAGUAAUCUUCGACGUGCCAUUUCAACAAAUGUCUUAAAUCUUGAACAGAGACGUCAAGUGAUUGAGCUAGAGAAUCUUGAAAUAGAACUUCAACAAAAGAAAGCUAAUCUCAAAAAGCAAGAGGAGGAUAUUCGCCUGCAACAGCUUCAAAAUGAGAAGUUGGAACUUGAUCUUAUGGAGAGAAGAAUGCGGAUACAGGAACAUGAGUUAACUGGUUUAUAA